UCCUGAAACGCGCCGUGCGCCGCCGCCGGAUGCUGCGCGCAGGCAGGCUGGUCAUUUUGAGAUUAACAACAAAGCUCGCUUAUGUGCAGUACGGUGGGGGGGUUUUUGUCUCCUAAACAGGAGCGCGGAGUAAAACAUUCCGAUUUGACUUGAAGAGGUUCGCCUCUAAAACUCACUCAGUCACCGGGAGCCGGUUUGUGCAGCGCGUCCCGGUCCACUCAGGAGGUGCAGGAAGAAGAUACAUCUGAAGUCUAAGGCUUUUUACUUGAACCACAAAGUGCAUUUUUUUUCCCUUUUUGCUUUUAACUGAAUUUGCAUAUUUAUUUAUUUUUAUUUUUAUUUUUUUUUUGGCAUGUGGCAUUUUUUUUGUUGGAUAUGGCACCGCAUGAUGUGACCGCUUGUCCGCACUCAGACGCUGAACUGAAAGGGGAUCUUCACGUGAGAACGGCUGCCGAGGACGAUUUAUAAAUUAAAAAAAGAAGAAGAAGAAAUGUGCAUAGGACAACCUGGAAACACUGGAUCUGUAAAGAAUUGUUCUACCUUUCGCGCCUAAUUUUAAAAUUUUAUUUAUUGAUUGCUUAUUUUAUAAUAGACUGACAGGAGAGUUGUGCCUCCAUCGGUGAAAGUACGGGGGUGGGUGGGGGGAGCGUUCACGGUCAGCAGACCGACAAGAAAAAAGAGCAAAAUAGUCAAACAUUCCUUGCUUUACGUAUUUUGUUUAUUUUUCGUGUUUUGGAUUAAUAAUUAAUAAAAACUUUUACAUUUUUUUUUGCCGACCUGGGACUGGCGCAACUUGACCCAAAGCAGAAGAAAGGAAGACAGAAGCUCCUCUGGUUCAGGAGACACCACAACUAAUCCGCUGCUGUGAUUCCAAUUAUUCCUUCCUUCUAAUUUAUUUUAUUUUAUUUUUUUAUGUUUGAACACCUCCUUUUAACUUUUCGAUCAAAUGUGUUGCUUUUGCUUUUAAACACAGUCUUUUUUUAACAAGAAAAAAAAAAACACAAUCAUUUUGAAGGAAAGCCUUUUUAGUCAUUGGAGGUCCCAUCUAUCAUCAUCAUAGCCCGCAAAGUGGAAGACCGACGCGGGUGUUGUUUUUAAGAUCCUCUCGUUGCUCAAAGGGCCCUGGGGCCCCCUCUCUGCACCGAUGGAGAUUCAUUGUAAGCACGACCCGUUCGCGGCGAUGCACAGACAUGGCGGCGUGAACCAGCUCGGAGGCGUGUUUGUAAACGGCAGACCCCUUCCAGACGUGGUCCGACAGCGAAUAGUGGAGCUCGCCCAUCAAGGGGUUCGACCCUGCGACAUCUCGAGGCAGCUGCGGGUCAGCCAUGGAUGCGUCAGCAAGAUACUGGGCAGGUACUAUGAAACGGGCAGCAUCCGCCCUGGGGUGAUCGGGGGAUCCAAACCAAAGGUUGCUACACCCAAAGUGGUCGACAAGAUCGCCGAUUACAAACGCCAAAAUCCCACCAUGUUUGCCUGGGAGAUCCGGGACAGGCUCCUGGCCGAGAGAGUUUGCGACAACGACAGCGUUCCCAGCGUCAGCUCCAUCAACAGGAUCAUACGGACUAAGGUUCAGCAGCAGCCUGGUCAGACGGGCUCGGUGUCGGCUCACAGCUUAGCGACGUCCGUAGCUGCCACGCAGGUUUCAGCGGUCACCAGCGACUCUGCUGGCUCGUCGUACUCAAUCAGUGGCAUCCUGGGAAUCAGUUCUGCUGCUGAUGUGGGCAAGAGGAAGAGGGAUGAAGUUUUACAGGAGUCACCGCUGGCUAACGGGCAUGGCCACAGUGGGCGGGACUUCCUCAGGAAGCAGAUGAGAGGGGAGCUGUUCUCGCCGCAGCAGAUUGAGGUAUUGGACCGCCUCUUUGACAGACAGCCAUCUUGUCCAAUCCAAACCACCACUGAGCUCUAUGUGAGCCCUGACUCUGGCAAGACAUCGGACUACUCGGCCAUGGCCUCUCUAGCAGGCGGACUGGACGAGAUGAAGAACAGUUUGGCCAAUCCGGGCACAGGGACGGAGUUAGGAUCCAACGUCUCCGGCCCACAAUCCUACCCGCUAGUCCCAGGUCGAGAUCUGGCCAGCACAACUCUGCCGGGCUACCCUCCUCAUGUGCCCCCAACUGGACAGGGCAGCUACUCCACUCCCUCUCUCACUGGCAUGGUACCUGGGGGAGAUUUUUCUGGAAGUCCAUAUUCCCACCCACAGUAUUCCACGUACAAUGAAUCAUGGAGAUUUCCAAACCCUAGCCUAUUAGUGUUUCAGCAGGACUAUGGGUCUCUCCUGGGGACGGAGAUCGGCUGCUCGUCCAGUCUCUUCACCAGUCAGGCAGGACAAAUGCAAGGAUCACCGUAUUAUUACAGUGCAACGUCACGGGGAGCAGGCCCUGCUGCCACUGCAACAGCCUCUGCCUACGAUCGCCACUGACCCGUCCAGAAAGAAGAGAAGGAUGGAGAGCAGGAAGACCAGGGAGGAAUAAAUGGAUAGCACCAGCACCGUUCAGUAAAAACCUGCUUGUAUGAGGAAGGACUGAGGCAAGAAGGAGUUUUUCAAAUCUUUUGACAUCAGUGAUGUUUGCUUUUCAUUUGAUUCCAAACCAACAAACACACACCUCGGCUUCAAAACAAUACUGCCUGGUUGUACAUUACUGUACAAAUACAGAAAACAUUUUAUUAAAAGUACCAUUACAAAUUUGGACCCUCCUACAUUAUGUUCAGACUUUUUUUUGUUUUUUUUUUCCCAUUCAUAAAACCCAAGAAGUCAAGCUAGUUGUUUUGCUUAGAGACUGCUAUAUAUUUGAACAAAUCAGAGCAAAUUCCUUCUUAGACAGUACUUUUUAUGACUUGACAUCAAUCAAUUUUCUAUGCCAUGCUGCAGUGGAGUGAAGACAAUCCAAUCCUCAUAAAUCUGAAAGACCAAAAUCCUUCAGGAGUUUAUUCUACUUUGUUUUCUGUGGCUUCAACACAACUAAUCUAGAAACACAAUGUUAAAUGAGUAACAUCUUUUUAUGGCAGACGUUUAUCAUCCCUCUAUCUCUACUUUUUGUUACUUUAAUUGAGCCUUUUAUACCAGCUGAGCACAAGGAAGUAAGUGUGGCAAUAGUAUUUAUACCCUUUUCUGUUACGUUACAACCACAAAUUGUGAAGGAAAAGAAAAUGACUUUUUGUUCUUUUAACUGAUAAGCAUCCUCAUAGGUUGUAAUGUAAAAAAAAAAUAAAAAAUCUAAAAAGUUCAAGGGGUAUGAAUACUUUGCCCCGUAAAGAAGGUUUGGCCAGGAGGUUGGAGUUAGUGUCCCAAAGUGGCAUUUUUUUGCUUUCUGGUUGUAAGACUCGGUAAAAACGUAUCAAAUGUGCAGCCUGAUUAGCUCAUCAUCACCUAUAAUCACUGUUUAAUGGUGGGGUUUGGCAAACAUCAGCACUAUUACCUAAUAAAACCUGUAUCCUCACAACAUGGUUAUAUUUAGAGAACUGGCUGACCGAUGCCAAAGAUGGCAAGCACUCACUUGCUUGGAAAUUGUUUGACUGGCAAACCAGAAGCAUUUUCUUAGCUUUCCCACAUCAUGUGCACAACAGCAUUUUCAUACACUGAACGUGCAGACAGAUUAGAAUCAAACUUGCUUGUGAAGGCACUGCAGAGAUCUUAAUAGAUUUAAAACCUAAAGUUUUAAUAACCUCUGACUUCUUUCUUUUCCUUACAUAAAUGUCAAUGUUUUAACCAGUUUUGAUCUGACCUAAAGGAGAAUGCUGAGAGAUUGUUUAAGUUGCAAUAUUUCAGACAACCAGGUGAAAAACAAAUCUGUUUUCUAAGUUUCAGGCUGUCUCAUUUUAUCCAUGCCUUCAGAUCCAUGCUUGCAUUUAAGUGGCGCAAAUGACAUCAGACAACUACGGUGUUUACCCUUUACAGAUGUCUUCCGCUUCUUUCUUUAUAAAUGAUAAAUGUCUUUAUUGAGGAGAAGAAAGCCAUCAAACCCAGCUUCGCAAUUUAAUUUAACCCCCGUUUAAUUUUACAUUUACUGUGAUGUAACAAAUUGUUUUUGGUUCAGUUUAAUCAGCCAAAUCUCUGGACCGGUAAAAUCAGGAAAUCGGGCAUUUUCCAAUCACACCUCGAUGUAAAGCAAAAGUAACAGAUAAGAAACAAAGCUACUGACAACUCUCAGUCUGACCAGAGUCACAACAUAAUGUUAUAACAAGUCUUUGGGACAGUUGAUAAAUUCAGAAAACAUCCAACACUUAUGAAGUGUUGAACUAUGAACUUUCGCAGGAGUGGACAGCCUUCUAAAAUUACUCACAAGUUCAUCCAUAACCAUAAGGUCCCCCCAAAAAUCCAGAACAAUUUCUACAGGCCUGGCUUCAGAGUCAGUGGCAAAAUUGUAAUAAAAAAAAACCCCAAAGGCCGGCAAGGCAUCUUGAUUUUUCCUGGGAAUUUAGGGAAACAUUUUCUGGACUGGUUUGAAGAAAAGUGGACACCGUCUCUGAGGAUUUCUGUGUCUGUACUUAUAUCAGAUGAGAAAAUGUUUGAUGAUAUGAAACAUUAAGUGUUUCAUAUCAUCAUGCUAUGGUGUCACAUUAGGUGUGACACCAUAGCAGAAGCACAAGACAUCUGCAAAGAGGCAAAUACUUUCUCAUAGCACUAUACAUGAAUUUCAGUAAAGCACAACCUAAAAUCUGAGCCCUCCACUAUAUGAACUGUUCAAAUAAACCAAAAGCUUUUCCACCUAUUGUUGUCACUGUACAUUAAGGUGCUAUCCUACCUCCCCAGCAAAGAUUUUGUAGUCUUGUUCAAGAGCUAUUUAUCAUGGAGGAGACACAGAGUAAUAUAUUCAGAGGUUUUUCUGCGCUGCACUCCUGGGUGAGAGUAAACGCUUGUUGUGAUUUAUGAUCGUGUCAUGUGCUAGAAUAGUGAUAAUAUGAUGUGGAUGACGAUGCAGUUAAUAAUGAAAUCUGAAAAACCUUCAGUACAUUAAGAAGUCUGUUUAUAAAUGUGAUCAAAUUGAGAUUUUCCUGUUUAUAGUUUGUUGCCUGGUACCAAUCGACAGAGGUGUCUCCUGCAAAUGUUCGGAUCAAGAACCAGGAAUCAACCCUUGUUUUCUCUUUCUCUGGUUCUCCUGUGCUGCGAUUACGUUUUUUUUAAACUCCCCAAAGAUGGCUCCCCCUUGUGGAUUGGCUGACAAAAGCACAAAGAGACUCAAAUCACUGUUUUUAGCGAGUUCCUCUCCCCCUCUUUCUGACUGCUUGUGUUGUUUGAGAUACUGAAAGAAUUCCUAUAAAGCUUUGUUUUUAUGAAAAAAAUCUGUGAAAGGUUUCUCCUUUUCUUUCAAGUUGACUUUGCUUUAUUCCCUACAUCACUUCUGCGCUGCGACAAUUGCUUGACACCAGGGUUGAGGCCUUACCCAUCAUGUUUAGAAUAGGAUAGACUUGCCUUCUGGCGUUGAUCUGAAAUCAGUGUGUUGUUCUUCACACACGUCAGAGUGUGAGGGCAACGUCUUCCUUGUUCGCAAGAUUUAAAGAAAUCAGUGAAACAGAAGACCAUUUUAUUUAUUCCCGUUCAAAUUUCAGAGUACAAGUUUUACUCAUGAAAACAGCAAACAGUUGAAAGCCACUCGCUCUGGUUUUAGCUGUUAUCUGCAAGUGUUUACAAAAUCCUUGGUUUCUUUUCUUUAUCAUGGUUGGCUCGCUAUAGUUCAUCAUUGCUGCUGUGCAGUUUUAGUAAACACCAAAUCUGCAGUGGGGAACAAAACAGAGGUUUACAAACCUCUGCUAAGCAAGAUUAUUUUAAAAUUUUACCUUUUUUUAUCUUCUUGUUUUAAAUACAGUAGUAUUAGAUUUGAUCAUUUUACAUUUGUAAAAGUUCUGAAUCUACAUCGCUAAAGAAGAGUUCUGUGACAGCGGACCAGCUGACCUGCUGGCCCACAUCUCAGCUAUUGGCUUUCCUUUUUUCUUUUCUGACUUUUUCUCUCAGUUCUUCUGAGGCAUUACUGAACCACACCAGCUGAAAACAAGGACAGUGCCUUUGGUUUUAUACAUGUCGACAUCCCCCUUACUGAACGUGAGACGCUAAAACUAAAAUUGGCCUUGCCGUCUCUCAUAUCUAUUAAAAUACUCUGGACAUCUGCAUUUGUAAAUUCAAACAAACCUCUUGACAGUGACAUAAAGCUUCACUUUCCACGCCUACAACUGAUCUACCACAGUCUGAGUCCUACGUGAGGGAAAUGAAUGUGUGUUUUCAAUCACAGACCUGCUAAACGUCAUUCUCUUUUACCAGCUCUAGAAAUACAUGGCAGCGUAUUGCUCAGAAUUAUUUUGAUUUCUUAUUUAAUUGUCAGUAUUUUAACCGCUUUCACUCCUGACUUAAAACUUAAUGUUCCUUUGUCCGUUAUGGUAAAGUUUGCCAAGAUGUGCACUUUUGUAAACAUCAGGCACCCGUCUUGAUGUAGACCUGAGAGCAGAUCAAUCAGUGAAUCAAUAGCUGUAUCAGCUGCACUCCACUUACUUUUAUACUAGAACAUUCAGAAGCUGUCAAUGUAGCCCAUUAAGAUAAAGUUAUCUCAUAUUAAAUGCCUUUUUUAUAUAUAUCUUAAUAGCUUAAAGACAUAUUUAAGUCAGCCAAAAUCAGUAAUAGCGUAACUCUAAUUUCUUCAGAUGUCAAUGCCGUUCAUUGGCAGAACACACACAGGCCUGUAUGGAUGCUUCCAAAAGCCAAGUGGAGAUGAUUAGUUAAGGUUUAACUUCACAGUAGUGCAGUAUGGUAGGAAGUUAAAAUGUUGGAGUGCAACAAGUCAGCGUCAGAUCACUUCACAAAAAGUCUGUCAUCCUAAUGAAAACAAUCAGAAACUUUGAACAAGCCUUUAACGUUCUACCCAGACUGUUUCAAAUGAAAUAUUUAUGUAUUGUAUGUAAAUUGAGGGCAGGUCACCCCAAAUACUGUAGAAUGCUGUUUUGCAAGAGGAGAACAAAUACUAAUAUUGUGCAGAUUUGUACAUUGACGCAGGAACACAAUAUAAACUUAUCAAGAGUUAUAAUGUUUCUAUGAAUAUUUCCUUAAAGACAGAGGGUUUGGCCUGGAUCUGUGACUGAAAUGUUCACAUUCAAGAAAUGCUGAAUAAAACAUUAAAAAUGGAUGCAACACUGGUAAAAACACCCGCUUCUUUUCGGAUACAAAUCUAACCCAUACAAAAAGCACAACCCAACCAGUUAAUCAAAAAUAUUUACAUUCACACGUUUAUGGGGUGGCGGCUUCAAACAGGCUAAACUUAGCGCCUGUUUCCUUUUGCAGCUAAGAAUCAGCUGGCGAUGCAUUAACAGGAUUGUCUGUUAACUCUGCGUCUCAUAGUGAAACAGCGUCUCCUGCCACUGCUUUGACCCAACGGGUUCACAUGGGGAGAGAAAGGAUUGUCUCUGACCAGCAGUGGUUUCGAUUUGCAGCUGUGACAUUGACUGGGAGACUUGUCAUUGCGGGUGGUAGUGACUGUAGAAAGCGUGGCGGGCAGAGGCCACACACGCACGCACACACACACGCUCUUAUAGAAAUAUUAGUAUAGACGCACUCUCUCCCUCCCUUUGUCCUCUGCAAAGUGGUGAUCGCCCCUCCUCUUGUUCCCCUGUGUUCCCCAGGGGAGCCCAAACCUGCUGUGCCAUCACAAGCUCGUCCCGUUUCUCCUCUCCCUCCCCCCCAAUUCCUCGGCCCUAAUCUCAUCAUAUCUCAUGCGCUCAUCUUCCUCACUUCACUUCUCUGCUGUCCUCCUGUAGGACUGCCACACCACCAGGAUAAGGUAUAGCAGAACUGUGUGUUGAUUCCAAGCAUGUGACCUUUCUUAAAAAGUUCUCCUCGUUUCAGCAGACAGCUCUGUUAAAAAUCUGAGCAAUCUUUUAGAUCAGAUCUUCCCCUUUGUAGUGCUAUAAAAAAUAAUUUCCUCCUUUACAGAUUUCCUGUUUUUGCUUUUUAUUUAUUUAUUUAUUUUUUGACGUACUUAUAUUUCAGAUAAGAAAAAAGAUUACGUUAAUUAAAACAAAAAGUAGUUUAAUUAUUAAUGGAGAAAAAAAAGCAAUCCAAAAUGGCAAAACCUCAAAACUGGUUUCGCCAUCUUUUCAAGCGUUUGGGAUAUCUGUCACUGAGUUUUUUACAUCUCAGUGGAGGAAGUAUGGCCCACUCAUCUCUGUUCUAAUUCAGCCCCAUUGGUGGGUUCUCCAACAUAAACACAUUGUUAAAGUAUGCACCACUUCAUACUAACUAGACUCUUUGACAAGUAAAAUUUGUUUGGAUAGAAGUUUGCUUUUGGGGUUCUAUUAGCCGACUUCCUGUUGGCUUUCAAGUUCUGUUUAAGCAUCUGAGCUUGGCUAGUGAGAGGACAAAAAAUGUGGCUAAAGCAAUUAAACUUGUGAUUUAACAAAAACUUUUUAUUUUUCUUCAAGUUUUGUUUGUAUACAUUUUUUUUGAAGUGUUUAAGUGUGACAGAAGUAUUUAAGUGUGACAAAAAAGCAAAAACAGUCUAAAUCUGUAAGGAGUCUAAUACAUCUCUGUAAAAGGGUAAAAAAAAAAAAACAGUCAAAACCUGCUUGAGAUUAAACAAACAAAAAUACUUCUCCAGCCCUGAAUUCAGUCUUCUCUGAA